GGGAGAGCAGAGACUGAGCUGGUGUCUUUGCAAGCAUUUACAUCAGCAUCGUUCCUCAGAAAAAUGUCUGCCACAGCUGUUGUCAUCCAGGGAGAGGAUGCACAAGGCAGAUCAAGGAAUGGGAGGAGAAAGAGGCUUUUACAGUGAGAAGUACCUCAGCAGCAUUCACAAGGUACAGUGAUUGAUGUCCACUGUGUACCUCAGCAGUAGGAGCUAAACCAGGUUUUCAUCCUUAGAGACCAAAGCAGCAGACAGCUGCAUCAGGGAAUACUCUGUUUCAGGGUGGUUUGCAACUGAUGGCAAAACAUGAAGAUUUUUUUGAUGGACAGGAAUUAUAAAAUCAGAUCACCUGCCCCCCGACUGCAAGGCAUCUUUUGACCUCGUUUUCAAGCCGCUGUUUCCUGGCCGUACUUCUUCCUGGCUGUGAAGGAUGGGUUAUGGGCCUGUGACUUCUCCUGCCCACCUGCCUCAUCCCACCCUUCAAUGGAGCCGACGUGGAACUCCUCCCACCCACCUCCACAGCUCAUGUCCAACAUGUCUGCCUCCUCUCUGCCUGAGGGUUGGGCUCUGUCUCAGUCGCUAGCCCUGCUGGCCAUGCUGCUCAUGGAUCUGCUAGCUGUGGUGGGUAAUGUAGCUGUCAUGGCGGUCAUUGCCAAGGCCCCACAGCUCCACAAGUUUGCCUUUGUCUUCCACCUGUGCUUGGUGGACCUGCUGGCAGCACUGGUGCUGAUGCCCCUCGGCAUGCUCUCAAGCCGAGCCUUCUUCGGGGAGGCCCUGUGUCGGAGCUACCUCUUUCUCAGUGUGUGCCUGGUCAGCGCUGCCAUCCUGUCUAUUUCUGUCAUAAACGUGGAGCGUUAUUACUACAUUAUUCAUCCAAUGCGCUAUGAAGUGAAGAUGACUGUUGGCUUAGUGGCUUCAGUGCUGGUGGGGAUCUGGGUCAAAGCCCUGGCCAUGUCUGCUCUGCCGCUGCUCGCCUGGUUCCUGCAAGGUGGAAGAACUCCACUUCUAGAGAGCAGUGGGGUGGGUGGAGGAGGAGGUGGGCCUGUCCCAUCUCCACCUGCACAGGGGCAUAGGCGAUGUUCACUACACUGGACAGGUGGAGGGUCAAACCGCUUGGCCUUCAUGGUUCUUUUUACUCUGGUCUAUUUCUUGUGCCCACUUCUUGUCAUUCUUGUUGUGUACUGCAAUAUGUUCAAAGUGGCCCGGGUGGCUGCCAUGCACCACGGGCCUCUGCCUACCUGGAUGGACACUCCUCGUCGCCAGCGGUCAGAGUCACUCAGCAGUCGUUCCACUAUGGUUACAAGCUCUGGGACGGGGACGGGGACAGGCAGAGCCACACCACAACGCCCCUUUGGUGGAGGAAAAGCUGCAGCGGUGCUGGCAGCGGUAGGUGGUCAAUUUCUGUGCUGCUGGCUGCCAUACUUUUCUUUUCACCUGUAUUCAGCGCUGGCUGCCAGCCCUCCGGCCACCCUGGCCUCCCUGGAGGAGGUGGUCACCUGGAUUGGCUACUUCUGCUUUACAUCCAAUCCCUUCUUCUACGGCUGUUUGAACAGACAGAUCCGGGAAGAGCUGGGAAAGCAUCUGCCUUGUCUUUUUCGUCGAGCAGGGGUCGAGGUGGAGGAUAGACUACCAAGCCGUGAUGGGUCCAUAGAGGAGAAUUUCCUCCAGUUUCUUCAGGGCACUGGCUGCAACUUGGAUCCUCAAAACUCUCACAGCACCUCCAGUCCUAAGGGCGAGGCCGGCUGCCCUAUGGCUCAGUCCCAACCACCUGAGCCAGCACAGCCCAUACCCAUUGAUUUCCGCAUUCCUGGACAAAUUGCAGAGGAGACUUCAGAGUUUAUCGAGACUGAACAGGUGAAAAAUAACCAUAUAUAUACAGACAACUAAGUUUUUACAACAGCAUCUGUAUUUUCUGAAAAUAAGUCUAAUUUUGUUCCUCAGAUAUAAAGUGUUUCAGGAGUUAUUUCAGUGACAGUAUGUUUCUGUGUCCAACUGGUAGCUCAGCUCAUUCAAAAAAAUAACUUUAAAUUGUGUUUUUGAGUCAUUGCACUUUGCCUCGUCAGUUUUCAUUCUAGUUUUGAAAACAUCCACAAUGAUACAAUCAAAUGCAUUUGUUGGAGAUGCAUUUGAACUGUUGUUUGUGAACAGGGAAAUCACUGCUAGUUUAAAAAAAAAAUGGCUGUAUUUUGGGCCUUCCACACAAAUGCUCAGCUCUGUACAGUAAAUAACUCAGUGAAUCAAUGUUGAUGUAACUCAUUAAAGUCUUUUUUAUUUAAAAAAAAAAAAAAUAAAUAAAAAUGUUUUUCUGGGAAGGAAAUGGAAAAUUCAUAAAGUUUAAGUUUUGGGAAGACCCCAUUUGAUCUGGAACAAAGGUGAUGCUUUGUCUAAAUUAGUGACAUGUUUGUGUAGUAACAUUGUGCUACUGGACAACAUACCUUUGAUAUUCAUAAAUAAUGAUUACAUAAGUACCUACAUAUAAGGGAAUAUGAAAUUAUGCCAAACUAUUUCUAUUCCUUUUUUAAACUGUGGCAAGUAGAUUUUUUUAAUAAUUAAUUUAGACUGCAUGUUAACUACUGUCCUAUAAAAAAAAAAAAAACAGCAAUAAAAACAGAGACGACAAUAACUAAUGAAUCCAUUGAAAGAGAAGCACUGCUGUCACUUUUGAUUGGUAGUGGUAAUGCCACAGUUAAUCCAUGUGCCGAUAAUCAAAUCAUAACUGAGGAACAUACAGGUUACAGCUUAAUGAUAAGUUGUUUACAGAUAAUGAAUGAAUUUUCUUUUCUUUUCCCUGACCCUUGUUCCAAAACACCUUUUUAAAACAGUUUUUCUAACAGCUCUACUGCGACUCUGUUCAGGAUGUUGGUUGACUUUAUAGGUCAUCUUAAGGGUCACUUAGCUUUCUGCCAUGUAAUGUACUUGUUCAUGUAUUUGGAUAUAAAUCUUAAAAAUUAGUAUUAUAUUGAUGCACUGCGUUACAUUCAAAUAUAAUUCUAUUCCUUACAUUGUUUAAUGUACUGAACUGUACAUUAUGUUUAGUAAAACUGUAAAAGUUUUGGUUGUGUAUUCCACUCAACAAGCCAAUUUUGCUUUUUGUUAGUGUGUCUAAGUAUUUGUCAUGGUUUUAUUCGAAUAUGGAUGAUUUUGACAUGUAUGCAGUAACUGCCUUUUUGUGUGAGAUUGCUAUUGCAAGAUGGACGUUUAGAUUUAUUUUUACUGCCCUGCUCUUCAGGGUAUAUAAAGUACCUCAGAUGCAGGAAAAAAAAGGAAAAAAAAAAAAUUUUACAGUCGAGCGCAGUUCUAUGUCAAGUAUGAUUCCUGCACAUGUUCUUAUGUUAUAAGGAAACAAAGCAGAUGUGAUUUACACAGAGACAUUUAUUACAAAUAAAGUUUUCAGCCUGAAUGUGAUGAUGAGAUGAAGUAGUGUUUUAUAGCAAACUGUUAGAGAUUGGAGAUGUUCGAUUGAAUGACAGAUUUUUGAAUGUGGACACAGGGUUUUUAAGAUAUUUUUAAUAAAGGUCGUUUCAGUGACACUUUCAAUCCAAAAUUAAAAGUGAUCUUGAUAUAUUCUAUUCAUCUUGUCAAAAUACCCCAAACUGUGAAUCAUUUGUGUUAGGAUUUUCACUUGUUCACAGGUUGUUUUAUAUGCUGUGAUUAAAAGAAAUGAAUGACUUCCAUUGUGCUACAAUGACAUGAAUGUGUGUAGAAAAAAAUGGCUAAAAGUUGAGUGAAAGGUGCGUUGUAAUAAAAAGUUUCUAUGUUUGUAACACA